ACAAAGUGACUAUCAUUUAGUAGGAGAUACGCACUUUCUGUGUGACGGGUCUUCUGAUAUAUCCUGGUUAAUAUCUGAACGUGACGCGAGAAGUGCACUAUAAUAUUCUACUGUGUCGGUUAAACAUGGAAUUACAGCCGUUAUAACUAGUCAUCUUCUUCCCACACACAAACACUCUCACAAGAUGUCAGUGGCAGAUUGUAUAUAUAUAUGAUAGUAAAAUAUACCACUGUGACGUCACUAUUAGCAAGGUGCGUGUUUUAAAUGGAUAUUAUAUUUUGUUAGUAUUAGAAGAUAAAGAUAGUCAGGAAGUGCGGGAGUCUGCUCGAGCGAAUUCUAAUGGUUGUAUCAGAUAAAAGCUAGAUUUUAUGAAACACUGUGUAAUGCGUUGAAAUAAGCCGUGAUCUAGGUGCAAAACAGUUUCCUUAGCAACGAUAAUCAACGGUGGAGUUGGAACUGCAUGCCGCUAAAUAUAGACCCACGUGCAGCCAAUCAAGAUAUUGGAAAACUGUGACGUCAGGUGUGGGAAUCUCUUCACGAUGCCACCGCCAGUCAGUAAAUCCACCACUACCAGUGGAGCGACUGGUAAGGUAUCAACGACGGGUAGCUCCAGCAGUAAAUCGACUUCGGUCGCAAAAACAGGGGCUAAGGCCUCUACCCUGACCCCUAAAGUGAAGAUGGGUAACGGGGCCAGCGCCACACAGGUGGUGGUUGACGGGGAAACAUACGAUUUAGGCAAAUUAAAGCUGGUUAUUCCCGAAAUGAAGACGGAGCUUAAAGACAAGGAUAACAAAAUUCGGAAAUUAGAGAUAGAAAGUCGCGAUAAAACGAAACAAAUUAACGAACACAGCAAGGAAAUAACCCGACUGAAAGAAGAAGUACACAAAUUAAAAUCGGUGUUACAGUUAAAAGUACAUAAGGACGGAAAACCGGAUAUUUUAGCGACAAUUCAGGAAUCGGAGACACCGCUUGUUAUUCAGGAGGUACGGAGUAAAAAACAAGGUGUUUCCGGAGAAAGUUCGUCUAAUUCUCAGAGUAAUGUGGAAUUAAAGCAUCAUGACAAAGAUUUCAGAUCUAAACAGCUUAUUAAAGAUGCAAUAUUGGAUAAUGACUUCCUUAAAAACCUUGAUUCAACACAAGUCCGUGAGAUUGUUGAUUGCAUGUACGAUAAAAAGAUCCAGGAAGGCCACUUUAUAAUAAAAGAAGGCGAAUCCGGGAAUCAUUUAUAUGUGUCAGCAGAUGGAGAAGUGGAAGUUCAGAAAGAUGGCCAGAUUUUAGGUCGAAUGGCGUCGGGGAGAGCGUUUGGUGAACUGGCUAUUUUAUAUAAUUGUACAAGAACCGCAUCAGUUAAAGCCUUGACUGAGGUAAAAGUAUGGGUUUUAGAUCGAGGUAUGUUUCAAGCUAUUAUGAUGAAAACUGGCAUUCAAAGACGAGACGAAAACAUCAAAUACUUACGCAGUGUGCCUUUACUCCGUGAUCUGCCUGCUGAUAAACUUUCCAAAUUAGCAGACGUUUUAGAAAUCGAUUUUUACCAUGAGGGAGAAUAUAUUAUCCGUGAGGGCGCUACUGGUGAUUCUUUCUUUAUCUUAAAUAAAGGAGAGGUUAAAGUUACUCAGAGAAUACAAGGACAUAAUAACCCACAAGAAAUACGCAAACUGAAAAGGGGAGAUUAUUUUGGUGAAAAGGCUUUAUUAAGCGAAGAUCGUAGAACAGCAAAUGUGAUUGCACUGCCACCUGGUGUUGAAUGUUUAACGGUAGAUCGAGAUUCAUUCAAUCAGUUAAUUGGUGAUUUAAAUGAAUUAAGAAAUAAAGAUUAUGGUGAUGCAGCCCGCGGUGCGUCCCGCUGCAGUAUGGUCAGCAGUCCUCGUGAUCUAGUUCCAAAAACUAAAAAAAAAAUUGGAAUAACAGAACGAAAAUAG